AUGCCUAUUCAAUUAAGACAAUUAUUUGCCUCAAUAAUAAUAUACUGUCAACCUGCAAAUCUAAAAGAACUUUGGAAGAAAUAUGUUGACGAUUUAAUUGAAGAUUUUAUAUUCAAAGGAGAUAGCAAAGAUUUAGCAAUUGCAAAAAUAUUGAUGUUUCUUGAAAAUUAUUUAAUACAAAAUGAAUUAAGUCUUUCUAAUUAUUCAAAUGAACUUCCAGAAUUAAAUAAUGAUUUAUUUGAUAAAGAUCAACAAAAUACAUUAAUUGUUAAUAAACAAGAUUAUAAUCAAGAUAAUAUUAAAAAAACAUUAAAUAAUUUUGAUAAAUUAAAUAUUGAUCAAAGAAAUAUAUUUAAUACAGUUAUAGAUGCAAUUAAUGAAGUUUCUAAUAAAAAAUUAAUUUUUGUUGAUGGACCUGGAGGAACUGAAAAAACAUUUUUAUAUAAUAUGAUCUUAGCUUAUGCAAGAUCAACAAGUGGUCUAAAUAGAAUUGCAAUUGCU